AUGUCGGGUUACCAAGGAAAGAAGAACAUCCCAAGAAUUACAAGUGACCGUCUCCUCAUCAAAGGAGCAAAGAUAGUGAACGAUGAUCAAUCAUUCUUGGCUGAUAUCUACAUGGAGGAUGGAGUCAUCAAGCAAAUCGGGGACAACCUCAUUGUUCCGGGGGGAGUUAAGAUCAUAGAGGCUCAUGGGAGAAUGGUGAUGCCUGGGGGUAUUGACGUGCACACCCGAUUCCAGAUGCCUGACCGAGGCAUGGUGGCGGCAGAUGACUUCUACCAAGGCACCCGGGCGGCCCUGGCUGGGGGAACGACCAUGAUCAUUGACCAUGUGGUGCCGGAGCCUGGCGUCAGCCUGGUGUCUGCUUUCAAACAGUGGAGGGAGUGGGCUGAUAGCAAGUCCUGCUGUGACUAUUCUCUGCAUGUGGACAUCACUGAGUGGAACAAAGGGACUCAGGAAGAGAUGGAGACCCUAGUGAAGGAUAACGGUGUCAACUCUUUCCUGGUCUAUUUGGCUUAUAAGGAUGUUUUCCAACUUUCUGACUCUCAGAUCUAUGAGGUGUUCAGUGUCAUCAGAGACCUCGGAGCCAUUGCACAGGUGCAUGCUGAGAAUGGAGACAUCAUUGCAGAGGAGCAGAGACGUAUUCUAGAGCUGGGGAUCACUGGUCCUGAGGGGCACGUGCUUAGCCGCCCAGAGGAGGUGGAGGCCGAGGCAGUCAAUCGCUCGGUCACCGUAGCCAAUCAGACCAACUGUCCCCUCUACAUCACCAAGGUGAUGAGCAAGAGUGCUGCUGAUGUCAUUGCUCUUGCCAGGAAAAGGGGUGCUGUGGUUUAUGGAGAGCCCAUAUCUGCCAGCUUGGGCACAGACGGCACCCAUUACUGGAGCAAGAACUGGGCCAAGGCAGCAGCCUAUGUCACUUCUCCACCACUCAGCCCUGAUCCCACCACCCCCGACUACCUCAACUCCCUGUUGUCAUGUGGAGACUUGCACGUGACUGGUAGUGCUCACUGCACUUUCCAGACUUCUCAGCGUGCAGUAGGCAAAGAUAACUUCACCCUAAUCCCAGAGGGCACCAAUGGCACUGAGGAGAGGAUGUCCCUAAUCUGGGACAAAUGUGUGGUCACUGGCAAGAUGGAUGAGAACCAGUUUGUGGCAGUGACCAGCACAAACGCAGCCAAGAUCUUUAACCUGUACCCCCGCAAGGGCCGCAUCGCUGUGGGUUCUGACGCCGACCUCGUGCUGUGGGACCCAGACAUCACUAAGAUCAUCUCAGCUAAAAGCCACAACCUGGCUGUGGAGUAUAACAUAUUUGAGGGCACAGAAGUGCGUGGAGGUCCUCUGGUGGUGAUUAGCCAGGGCAAGAUUGUGUUGGAGGAGGCCAGCCUUCACACCACUGAGGGCUGUGGGCGCUACAUCAGCCGUAAACCCUUCCCUGACCAUGUGUACAAGAGGAUAAAGGCUCGCAGCAGGCUCACAGAGUUGCGAGGAGUCCCCAGGGGCCAGUAUGAUGGGCCGGUGUGUGAGGUGACUGUGGCUCCCAAGGUGAUGUCCACAGUCUCCUCAGUGAAGACUUCCCCUGCCAAGCAGCAGCAGCAGCAGCAGCAGCAGCAGCAGCAGCAGCAGUUUACUCAUCAGCCAGUGCGCAACCUUCACCAGUCCGGCUUCAGCCUGUCUGGUGCCCAAGUUGACGAUAAUGUUCCUCGUCGCACCACUCAGCGCAUCGUGGCUCCCCCUGGUGGAAAAGCAAACAUCACCAGCCUCGGCUAAGCUCUUCUCGCGACUGAGCCGUAGUGCAGGGCAACAUGGGACCAGAGGCCACUCUUACCGCUGUCACAUCACAUCUGGUCACCUCUGACUCCCCCUGCACUCCACCGAAAAGCACUCCAUCCAUUCUUAUUCACACACUACCACUAUGUCACCUCAUGCAAAAAAAAA